AUGGGGACGCACAGGUUACCACCAGCCAGCCACUGGCACUCAAUCAGCCAGCAUAGCACACCCACGGUUUCACCAAAUGGCCAUCCGUUUCCUUUAGCACCAGUUUCACAAAACACCAACCCGUUUGCUUUAGCACCACCCUACAUACCUCCCUCAUAUCAAAAGACCGCGCUCUUGAGACGUCGUGCCACCCCCUGCCUUCCCCCUGCUGGCACGCCUGAUUCUAGUACGACCGAUUCUUCCACAUCUUGCAUCAACCCUCAUAUCAGCCCGUUCUUUAGUACCCCCUCAGCUGGUUCCUCAACCUCGUAUAAUUCGACCUCGUUCAAUAACUUAAGACCUGAGGAUACCUCAAACAGCGAGCCAAGCUCCCCUGUGAAGAGACGUGCGCCCAUGCCGGACUCUCCUCUCUUUGAUGUAAACAACGGCAAAGGACGGGUUGAUCCGUUUGAUGUCGUUGAUGAUGAUGAACUGCCACCUCUAUUAGAUGAGCAAGACAACGAGGAUGACUUGCCGAUUAUCGAUUUGAACGUACCCAGGGGUGUUGGGGGCCCAGCUCGUUCCACCAACAGCUCGACAUCUGCAACUCCAACCGACAUCCUUGCCGAACUUCCCGAUGAAGAACGCAGAUUUCGAAUUUAUUUCAAUCUUUUUCAACCUCAGUGCCCGGAUGAGCCGGACCCUAAAAAGCAGAAGCGUCCUCCUGGUGGCUCCCGGCCGAUCUCACGCAAACCUACCAAGGUCAAAUACAACAACUACGCUCCAAAAGUGCCUACCUAUAUCACCUUCCAACCUAAAGACAUGGAUUUCACGCUUUUCAAAAUCAAGCUUUUCAACUCUUGCAACAAACACCUUCCGGGAGUUUCAGAACUUCUCCAGCAGGCCUGGGCCCAAGGAGGGCUGUCCAUCAUGGGUUUCAUUAACGGUUCUAAGGGUUUCAAAGCUCGGGAUAAACAGCCUAUCAAGAAGCCUUCUCUUUUCGACCAUUCACCUGCCACCUCCAAAAUGGGCUUCCGGAUUGUCCACGAGAACCCUUUGAAGAGCGAGGAAGCGCGUCGAUCUCUCGCUAGCACCCUCAAGACUUCUAGGGUUGGAACUCCCGCAAAUGGCCCAGACUCCGAGGUCUCAUCGGAAGGUGAGGAGUCAGUUGCAUCGGAUGGAGUGAGUCAUUUUCAUAUCAUUCCAGCAUUGCCAGUAAUGCAUUGA